AUAAAACAACAGUAAAUACAGUGUAAAUGUUGUUGUUUAUUUAAAUUAAUAACAACUAUUAACAAAAGUGAGCUACUUGUCAAAAAUUGUUACUGUUAUAUUGUUUUUUUUUUAUUAUUAAAAUAAAAAUGUUUGAAGCACAUAAUUUGUAUGCUGAGCAUAAAGAUCUUAUUCAUGACAUUGCUUAUGACUUUUAUGGUCAACGAAUGGCAACAUGUUCUAGUGACCAAUUUGUCAAGGUAUGGGAUGAAGAUGAGCAUGAAAAUUGGCAUCUAAGUGCAUCAUGGAAAGCUCACAGUGGUUCUGUUUGGAAAGUAACAUGGGCACAUCCAGAAUUUGGACAAGUACUUGCAACAUGUUCCUUUGAUCGUACUGCUGCUGUUUGGGAAGAAAUUGUUGGAGAAGCAUCUGGACCUGGUGAACGUGGUAUACGUCAUUGGGUUAGAAGAACAAAUCUUGUUGAUUCACGUACAUCAGUAACUGAUGUUAAAUUUGGUCCAAAAACACUUGGUCUUGUUUUGGCAACAUGUAGUGCUGAUGGUGUUAUUAGAAUUUAUGAAGCACCAGAUGUUAUGAAUUUAAGUCAAUGGACAUUACAACAUGAUAUUAGUUGUAAACUAGCAUGCAGUUGUAUAACAUGGAAUCCUUCAUUAUCAAGAUUACAUCCACCAAUGAUUGCUGUUGGUAGUGAUGAUUCAACAUCAGCUGGUGGUAAAGUAUUCAUCUAUGAAUACUCUGAAAAUAAUCGCAAAUGGACUAAGACUGAAACAUUAUCAAAUGUCACUGAUCCAGUUCAUGAUAUUGCAUUUUCACCAAAUUUAGGAAGAAGUUUUCAUACACUAGCAAUUGCAACUAAAGAUGUCAAGAUAAUAUCGUUGAAACCAAUUCAGGAUAGCUCACAGACUGGUUCAUCAAGAUUUGAAAUAACAACAGCAGCACAAUUUGAUGAUCAUUAUUGUACAGUAUGGCGUGUUUGUUGGAAUAUAAUGGGUACAAUAUUAGCAAGUUCUGGUGAUGAUGGUUGUGUACGUCUUUGGAAAGAUAAUUAUAUUAAUAAUUGGAAAUGUGUUGCUGUAUUAAAAGGUGAUGGUACAGCUGCACAAAGUGCUGAUUUACCACAAACAGCAACACCAUCUGGUAAUUCAGCAAUAAAUACAACAACCCAACAACCAUUAUCAACCGCCAGGUACUAUAAAUUGGGAUCCAUCAGUCAUCCAAAUCAAGUUCCCUGGCACUAGCUAUAACUACCUGUUUUUUUAAUCUUUAUUACUUUUUUUUUUUAUCAUUUUUCUCGAUACAACAAAAUAUUUAAUCAAUAUAAAUAG